AUGGAACUCUCAUCUAUUGUGGUCGACGGUGAACAGACAGGAAGCAGGAGGCGAUCGCCCAUGAAUGAAGCAAGUUCAAGCCGUGGGGACAGGGGCAAAGAGAAACUUGAGUUCUAUUCAGAAACACCAACCGAACCGCAAGAAAAGGAUGAUGAAUUCCGAAAUUCAGUUUCGCCAAAUUUACUCCAUCGUAUGCAGAGUCGUCUGCGUAGAAGUAACGAAGAAAGAAGAAAUUUAAGCCAAUCCGUCCCCGUCACGUGGCUUUCUGGGAGUGUCGUGGGUAUCAGUGUCAAGAGUGUGGAACCUGAGAUUGUAUCAAUCGGUCCUUUACAUCGCCACCGAACAAAACUGCAUCAGUUCGAAGAGUUCAAAUGGUUCUUUCUUGAUAAAUAUCUUCGCCGGAAACCGCCGGUCGACGAGUACCUGCGGCAUCUUCUUCUAAAAAUGGAGAAUUUGGAAGCUCAAACUAGAGAUUUUUACCCCGAAAAAAGCCUCGUUUUGCCCAUGUCGAACGAAGACUUCAUUCAGAUGAUGUUGCUUGAUGGCUGCUUUCUCAUUAAGCUCCUGUGCUACCACAACCGAGGCGAAAUUUACGAGGUCAUAGAUGAUCCCAUUCUUGCUCAGCCAAAUUUGAUUUCUGUUCUCGCCAGGGUUGUUCUUAAAAUUGAGAACCAACUUCCUUUGUUGGUUCUCCAGUCGUUGUUUGACAAAUCAGGUCCAUCUAAAGAAAGAUUUAUGAAGCUUGCCGUAGAAUUCUUGAAUCUUUCCUGGACAGGACCGACACUGACCUUCUUACCUGAAUUUCAGAGAUGCAGUCAUUUGCUGGAGAUAUUUUACUUUAGUCUAGUUCAACAGGUCUCAGGCAACAAUGGCGAUGAAUGUGAUAAAACAUAUGCAUCUACACAUUCCAUGCAAUGCGUAACGGAACUAAAGCUAUCGGGAAUCAAGUUCAAGCAAAGAAAAGCUGAAAGCUUUCUGGAUAUAAAAUUCAAGAACCGGGCUCUCCUAAUUCCAUCCAUCACACUGAACGACAUGAUGAGCACUGUGCUGACAAAUUGUAUGGCCUUGGAACAGUCUCGAGAUUACCGCAUCAACUACAUCUCAGACUAUGUCUCUUUCUUAUCUUGUCUCAUCUCCCAACCAAGAGACGUCUCAUCCCUUUCUUCGGAUGGAAUCAUCUCAAAGUUUUCACACAAUGACAAAUACGUUGCAGAUUUCUUCGACAAUCUGGGAGAAAAUACGGUGUAUAUCAGACAAAGUUAUCUCUCUAAUCAGAUUCAGAAUGUGGAGGCCUAUUACAAUAGCUACUGGGUUAUUAUAAUGGCGUUCUUCGGCAAGGUUGGGAGUAUACUUAGGCAGACCGCUGGCAGGCAGAUUGCCAGACUUUCAUAUAGCGCUGAUCACCAAAGUCUAAGAGAAGCAUUCAGUAAAUAUGGUUAUGUUGCUGAAGCCCUUGUGUAUGAACCAUUUGCAUUUGUGCUGGCUUUUAUUUUGCGAACAGUGGUUUUAUGUGUUCUUUUUGAGAAACAACAUGAACAAGAGGAUCCAGUUAUCCAGUAUAACUGUUCUAGAACACAAGUUUAUAUGCCAAAUUAUAACCAACUAUUUGCAGAUCAUUUUGAAUGGUGA